AAACUCCAGCGAACGUGUACAACAUAAACAAGCUGCCUCCCAAACUGAGUGUGUUUUGUUUGCUCGAGGAAACGUGAAAAAUGGCUUCUCCGUUGGAAAAUUUGGAAAAUCACCUGGAAAUGUUUAUCGAAAACGUGCGCCAGAUCCGGAUCAUCGUGAGCGACUUCCAGCCGCAGGGCCAGAACGUGCUGAACCAGAAAAUACAAUCGCUGGUGACCGGGCUGCAGGAGAUCGACAAGCUGAAGAACCAGGUCGAUGUGAACGUGCCGCUGGAGGUGUUUGACUACAUCGACCAGGGCCGGAAUCCGCAGCUGUACACGAAGGAUUGUAUUGAUAAGGCGCUGACGAAGAACGAGGAGGUCAAGGGGAAGAUUGACGCGUACCGGAAGUUUAAGAGCAACCUGCUGUCGGAGCUGAGCGAUACGUUCCCCGGUGAGAUCGGCAAGUACAAGGCGAUCCGGGGGGAUGAGUAGGAGAAGGGUUUGAGGAGAGGGUGGUGGGACAGCUUUCUUUUACUGAAGUGGGAUAAAAUAUAAAAAUUAUGCUUAAUUA